UUUUUAUGUGCAAUAGUAUCUAUUGUUCUAGAUAAUGUGGACUUCUCAAAAGGAUUGCACUUUUAAAACAUUCAAGCAGCGAAAGAGUCUGGCAGCCAGAAAGGGAGAAGUAAUUGGAAUAAAAGCAAAGUUUCCGACAAAAAUCCCGGUCGUCGUAGAAAGAUAUCCUAAAGAAAAGUAUCUGCCACGUCUGGAUAAAAUAAAGUUUCUUGUUCCACAGGACCUUUCUUUGGCUCAACUGAUUAAUAUAAUUCGAAAUCGUAUGGAUUUAUCUGCCACUCAUGCAUUUUACCUCCUGAUCAAUAAUAAGAGUCUUGGAAGCUUGUCCCUAACAAUGUCUGAAUUGUAUAAAGAUCACAAAGAUGAAGAUGGCUUUUUAUAUAUCACCUAUGCAUCCCAAGAAAUGUUUGGCUGAACACUUAAAAAUGUAUGCUUUUAUUUGUACUAAAAUCAUUGUACUAAUUUCUUCUAACUCUUGCGUGAACAAUUUACUUUUAAUUUUCAAAUUUAUUGACCAGAAACAAUCUUGAUUUAAAUAACUUGUAAUAAAGUAGUCUACAACUUGUGUAGAUAUGCAUUGUGUAUGUACAUUUAAAGAUCUAGAAGGGUGAGUGUAAUAUGGGAAUAUAAUGCAAAAUUCUCAUGAAAUCAUAGACAAUUGGGGGUCUUUGAA